AUGGGCCAAACAACAACCCCCGAGACCGUUUAUGGUCGUUUUAUUUUGGGCUCGACGCAACUCAACGUUGAAUUUUCAUUCACUUGCAGGUGCUUUAUCGACCAAUCAAUUUUGAUGGCUAACCAAGAAUCCGACGCCGAGCCGAUGUACACGGGUCGCUUUUUCCAGCAGCCCAUCCCGUCGAUUGGAAUCUCGAUCAAUAGAAAUAAAAUUGAAAUCUCCAACACUGCCGAUCAACUCAUUGAAGAAUUUCGGCGAACUGCCAACACUGCCUUCAUGCAUUGGCCUAUUAAUGCUGAGGGACAAACGUACGUGAUCGAAUCUGCAGUGGAUCAUCUAAUUUCAGCCCUUAGAUCGAGGCCUCUGAGUUCGAAUAAUGACUACGACAAAAUUUGGAUACACUGCCCGGUUACGAUCACUCUUAACCAUUUCGUGGAAGAAGGGCGCGAGGAUAUGGAUUUGGCGCUUCUGCAGUCUUCCCAGGAAGCGGAGGCACACAUGGUUCCCGCUGCCGAGUUUUCCAUUGAGUCGUCGUUGAAAGAGGCUGCGGUGGCAAAUGAUUCUGAAGAGACUUGCACUAUUUGCUUGGAAGUGAUCCGUGGCAAAGCGACAAGGAUGCCGUGCUCGCAUUUGUUCCACGGAUGUUGCAUACAGAAGUGGCUGGGGACGAGCCAUUAUUGCCCUCUUUGUCGUUUCAAGUUACCGACGGAAAUUUGA